AUGUCUAAACCAAGGCGGCUGCAUGGGAAGGUGGCUCUCAUAACAGGAGCCGCCAGCGGCAUCGGCGAGGAGACGGCGAGACUAUUUGCAGCCAAUGGCGCUUACGUUGUCGUGGCCGACAUCGAUGACGAACUGGGUAGGAAGGUGGCUGCCUCCAUCGGCAUUGACCAAGCCAGCUUUCACCAUUGUGAUGUUAGAGACGAGAAGCAAGUCGAAGAAAUGGUGAGCUACACCGUUGAAAAACAUGGCCGCCUCGACAUUCUCUUUAGCAAUGCUGGCAUCAUGGGCUCUCUCGCUUCGAUUCUAUCGCUUGGCAUCUCUGAUUUCGACGACGUAUUUGCAACCAACGUCCGUGGAGUGGUUGGGACGAUUAAGCAUGGGGCGCGAGCAAUGGUGGAGAAAAACAUACGUGGGUCAAUCAUUUGCACGACGAGCAUCUCGGCCAUGAUAGGGGGUGGUGAGGUCGAGCAGCUAAAGGCUAAUGUCACUUCUUAA